AUGAGCACCAACACCAGCAAAGCAGGAUCCAAUGACACAUACCAAUUCAUGCACGAAUUCUUCCGCAAAAAUCAACGACAUUUGUUACAUCGCAUUCGACGUAAACCACAAAACAGCGCAAUCCAUAACUUAACAUCAUCCAGCAGCAGCAGCAAUCACCAUCAUACCCAACCCAAUAGGCGUUCAAAUGUAGCACACGAGGCCAUGGAAAAACGAUUAGAUCUGCUUCAUGAACAAUUACGAGCCGUUGAAUCCAAAUACACCGCCAUGCUCAAUGAAACCCAAGAACUUCACAAUCUGCAUUCUCAGCAGCUGAAGUUGCUUUCCUCUGUGUUGAAUACGAUUGCCGAUACCCAUGAAAAUAACCCAGUCAUUGUGGAUUUGUAUGACAAAUUGGAAAGUAUAAUCGGUCGCGCUGAAGCCACAUUGUCAAGUCCACGUACAAUCCAACUACCACCCCUUGCUGAAGCUGUACAAAACGCACCGACCACACCGACCACACCCUUGCUUCCUCCACUACAAGAUCAUGAAAUAAAACAAGCAUGA